GCGGCUGCGCACACGAGCGCACGCGGGCGGCCGUGGGACUUCAGCAUGGCGGUGUUCGCAGACUUGGAUCUGCGAGUGAGCUCCGACCUGAAGGCUCUGCGCGGGCUUGUGGAGACCGCCGCUCAUCUUGGCUAUUCAGUUGUGGCCCUCAAUCAUGUUAUUGAUUUUAAGGAAAAGAAGCAGGAAAUUGAAAAACCAGUAGCUGUUUCUGAACUCUUCACAACUUUGCCAAUUGUACAGGGAAAAUCAAGACCCAUUAAAAUUUUAACUAGGUUGACAAUUAUUGUUUCGGAUCCUUCUCACUGCAAUGUUUUGAGAGCAACUUCUUCAAGGGUCCGGCUGUAUGAUAUUGUUGCCGUUUUUCCAAAGACAGAAAAGCUUUUUCAUGUUGCUUGCACUCAUUUAGAUGUGGAUUUAGUCUGCAUAACAGUGACAGAAAAACUACCAUUUUACUUCAAAAGACCCCCUAUUAAUGUGGCAAUUGACCGAGGCCUGGGCUUUGAACUUGUCUAUAGCCCUGCUAUCAAAGAUUCCACUAUGAGAAGAUACACAAUUUCCAAUGCCCUUAAUUUGAUGCAAGUCUGCAAAGGAAAGAACGUAAUUAUAUCUAGUGCUGCAGAAAAGCCUUUAGAAAUAAGAGGACCAUAUGAUGUGGCAAACUUAGGGCUGCUGUUCGGGCUCUCUGAAAGUGAUGCCAAGGCCGCGGUGUCCACCAACUGCCGAGCAGCGAUUCUCCAGGGAGAAACUAGAAAAACUGCUUUUGGAAUUAUUUCUACAGUGAAGAAACCUCGGCCAUCAGAAGGGGAUGAUGAAUCUCUUCCAGCUUGCAAGAAAGCCAAGUGUGAGAGUUGAAAUGCCCAGUCUCCAUCCGCACUGCCUUCUUCCCUUUUAUAGUUCAGCCACAACAAAAUAAAAUCUUUGCAGGGUUUACUGUUUUCAUUUGGA